CAUCAGCAGGAAGGUGGUUGAUGACGACUUUUUAGCGUGUUCCCGUGGGAUCUGGAGUGACGUCUUCACAGAAGCCACUCGAGUUAGUGUUCUUGGCCAAACCUACCCUUGCACUGGUUUUUAUAGGAGCAUCCCUUUGCCUCGGAGAGCUCAAUGAGAGGAGGCGAGGCAGCCUGACUGUAAGUCUAGAGCCAGGAGGAGAGCGCACCGCGUUACGCACAAGAACUUUCCCCGGCAAUUGAUAGAGUUUCAGCACCACGGAUAGCGCCCCAUUGCCUCCUGUUGCUCCUGGCGGGUGCUGAAACUUCUCAGUGACUGGAAACCAAACGCACGAAGAGACCGGAGCUCUAGUCAUCCAGGUUGAAGUUAUGGAAUACAGAAACAUCUUUCACCUUCUGGUAUCUUUUACUCUCAUCAAUGUUUUCUGCUUGAGUGCCCGGGCAUUGCCUCCCAUGGGGACCUAUUCAAAUCCCAGGCUGGGAAAUCGGUUACCAUUUGAGGGAGCAAGUGAACCUGAUCAGACUCAGGGAUCAUUAAAACCAGACACAGACAUGCUUCAAGAUACACUACCAGAAAAUGACGAAUUCUUUCUGGAUAUGUCCAGAGCAGUUGGCAGAACAUCAAGACAUGCUGAUGGACUCUUCACUAGUGGAUACAGCAAACUUUUGGGUCAGCUUUCUGCAAGAAGAUAUUUAGAGUCUUUGAUUGGGAAAAGAGUGAGCAACAAUGUGGUAGAAGACCAGGUACCUGUAAAGCGCCACUCUGAUGCUGUGUUCACUGAUAACUACAGCCGAUUCAGGAAGAAAAUGGCUGUAAAGAAAUUCUUGAAUUCUGUCUUGACUGGAAAGAGAAGUCAAGAAGAUAUUGAUCCCGCAAGUCUUCGAGAAAAUGCAGAUCUAAGCCAACCACCAUUUUCAGACUACGAUGAUGCCACACUUAAUGAAAUCCUUAACCACCUCCCUUUGAACCUUUGAAAAACACCAUCGGGCGACUGAAUCACAAGAACAACUUUACUAUAUUUUUGAGUUUGACAUAGUCUUUCAAACAAUGAAUUCAGUAUUCAAACCAAAACAAAUGUUGUGAGGUGAAAAUUGUGACAAAUAUGUUUCUUUAUUUAAAAGUUGAUGUUUACACUGUAAAUAUAAGUUUAGAGAGCUCUACCUACAGCUGUACAUAGUAUGCAAGUCUUUUAUUUAUUUCAUAUGCUUUAAAACCUUUUAUUUCAAUAAAUGCAUAUAAAACGUAAAUACAAAGCAGAGGCACAUAUUAAGGUUUUUAGAAUGAUACAUGUAAGGAAAGCAUGUGUGUAGAGUAAAGUAUGUAAAUAAACUUUGCUACUACGUUAAAAAAAGAACGCAUUAGCUAAUAUUAUAUGAAAGCAGAAUAAAACAAAUAUCUACCGACAUAAGGGGGCAGAUUUACUAAGGGUCGAAUUUCGAAGUACAAAA